UGCGGGGCAACCUGGUCCCAAUCCAGCAGCCUUCGGGCCAGGGGCGUCUGCUUCCUCUCAUGCAGGGAGGGAGCGUGGCCGGCCGCGGGUGUCCUCUUCGCAGGAGGGAGUCCCGCUGCUCCGCGCGAGGGCAGAAGUCUCUGAGGAGGGGCUGCUGAGUCCGGAAGGCCGGAGCCGCCAUGGGGCAGAGUGAAUCGGAGCCUCAGGAGGAGCCGCCGCAGGAGGAGUCCGUGUCGACUGUUCUGCCCAGCAUUAAGCUUUUUGUGGAGGAUCAUCUCCAGACCAGCAUGGUGCUGGGGGUGAUGAUCGGGGUGGGGAUGUCGGUGCUGCUUGUGGCUGCCUUGAUCCUGGUGCUGCUCCGCCGGUUCCGCCUUCAGAAAGUUCAGGCCGAGGAGCAGCCCAAGUACCGAUUUCGCAAACGGGAUAAAGUCCUGUUCUACGGGCGCAAGAUCAUGCGCAAGGUUUCUCAGUCCACCUCCUCCCUGGUCGACACCGCCGUCUCCUCCGCUUCUCGGCCCCGUAUGAAAAAGAAGCUGAAAGUGCUGAAUAUUGCCAAAAAGAUCCUGCGCAUCAAGAAGGAGCUGCCCACCCUCCAGCUGAAGGAGCCCCCUCCCUCUGUCCUGGAGGCUGACCUGACGGAGUUCGAUGUGGCCAACUCCCACCUUCCCUCGGAGGUCCUCUACAUGCUGAAGAACGUGCGGGUGCUGGGCCACUUUGAGAAGCCCUUGUUCCUGGAGCUGUGCAAGCACAUGACCUUCCAGCAGUGCCAGCUGGGCGAGUACGUCUUCCGCCCCGGGCAGCCCGACUCCAGCAUCUACGUGGUCCAGGACGGCAAGCUGGAGCUCUUCCUGUCCGAGCAGGACGGAAAAGAGACCCUCGUGAAGGAGGUGUUCCCCGGCGACAGCGUGCACAGCCUGCUCAGCAUCCUGGAUGUUAUCACGGGGCACCAGCGGCCUUAUCGCACAGUAUCUGCACGGGCAGCGGAGAACUCCACGGUGCUGCGCUUGCCAGUGGAGGCUUUCUCAGCUGUCUUUGAGAAGUACCCGGAGAGCCUCGUCAGGGUGGUGCAGAUCAUCAUGGUGCGCCUGCAGAGAGUCACCUUCUUGGCCUUGCACAACUAUCUUGGCCUCACCAAUGAGCUCUUCAGCCAUGCGAUGCAGCCGCUGCGGCUCUUCCCCCAGCCAGGCCAUGCCUCGCGCCCGAGCCCCGUCCGGCACACCAAGCGUGCCGUCAGCACUUCCUCUCCUGAGGAGGCCAGGGAGGGCCCUGGGAAGCAGCUGGACGCGGCGGUCGUCAAGGAGCAAGGUGACCCUUUGAAGCCGGGUUUGCUGGAGCCGCCUUACGCCCCCCCAUUGAGUCGCUGCAUCUCUAUGCCAGUGGACAUUUCAGGGAUCCAGAGGGCCCCUCGGUCGGACUUCGACAUGGCCUACGAGCGCGGGCGCAUCUCCGUGUCCCUCCAGGAAGACAGCUCGGUCUCCUUGGCCGGCUUCGUCCGAUCGGUCUCCCAUGAGCCCCGGGAGCGGAAGACCGUGACGGUGGAGGAACAGCCGUCCGGGAUCUACCACUACAAUUACUGCGAGGAUGACUCCGCCAAUGGCGACUGCUCCUUCGGGCCCUACCAGGGCCGCAAGACCAGCGCCAUCUUUGAGGCUGCCAAGCGGGAGCUGGUCAAGCUGAUGAAAAUCGAGGAUGCCUCCUUGCUGAACAACCGGGUUCUGCUGCAUCAUGCCAAAGCUGGGACAGUGAUUGCCCGCCAAGGGGACCAGGACGUCAGCCUGCACUUUGUGCUGUGGGGCUGCCUGCACGUGUACCAGCGGAUGAUUGACAAGGCUGAAGAUGUGUGCCUCUUCUUGACUCAUCCGGGUGAGCUGGUGGGCCAGCUGGCAGUGCUGACGGGGGAGCCGCUGAUCUUCACUAUCAAGGCCAACCGAGACUGCACUUUCCUCAAGAUCUCCAAGUCUGACUUCUACGAGAUUAUGCGUGAGCAGCCCAGCGUGGUCCUGAGCGUCGCUCACACCGUUGCAGCUCGCAUGUCUCCUUUUGUGCGCCAGAUGGAUUUUGCUAUUGACUGGAUGGCCGUGGAAGCCGGGCGGGCCCUGUACAGGCAAGGGGACAAAUCGGACUGCACCUACAUCGUCCUGAACGGGCGCCUGCGCUCCGUCAUCCAGAAAGGCAGCGGGAAAAAGGAGCUGGUGGGGGAAUACGGGCGUGGGGACCUCAUUGGCGUGGUGGAAGCCCUGACCCGCCAGGCCCGGGCCACCACUGUCCAUGCUGUGCGGGACACGGAGUUGGCCAAGCUGCCCGAAGGGACCCUCAGCAACAUCAAACGGCGGUACCCCCAGGUUGUGACCCGCCUCAUCCAUCUCCUGAGCCAGAAGAUCCUGGGGAAUUUGCAGCAGCUGCGUGGCCCUUUCCCCGGGCCUGGCCUGAGCGUGGCCUCCAGCUCAGAGCUGACGAACCCGGCCAGCAACCUGUCCACGGUGGCCGUCUUGCCAGUGUGUGACGACGUGCCGGUGGCAGCCUUCACCUUGGAACUGAAACAUGCCUUGAAUGCCAUUGGGCCAACGCUUUUGCUCACCAGCGACGUCCUUCGAGCUCGGCUUGGGGCCUCAGCCCUGGACAGCAUCCAUGAAUAUCGGCUCUCUGGUUGGCUGGCCCAACAGGAGGACAUCCACCGCAUUGUGUUGUACCAGACAGACUGCACCCUGACCCCCUGGACCGUGCGCUGCAUCCGCCAAGCCGACUGCAUCCUCAUUGUGGGCCUGGGGGACCAGGAGCCCGUGCUGGGGGAGCUGGAGCAGAUGCUGGAGAACACGGCCGUCCGUGCCCUGAAGCAGCUCAUCCUGCUGCACCGUGAAGAUGGGCCCAGCCCUGCCCGCACUGUGGAGUGGCUCAACAUGCGCAGCUGGUGCUCUGGGCACCUGCACAUCAAGUGUCCUCGGCGGGUCUUUUCCCGGCGCAGCCCUAAUAAGCUGAGAGAGAUGUAUGAGAAGGUUUUUGAGAAAAAUGCCGAUCGCCACAGCGACUUCUCCCGUCUUGCGCGAGUCCUCACAGGCAACACCAUUGCUUUGGUGCUGGGCGGAGGUGGGGCCAGGGGCUGUUCGCACAUUGGGGUGAUCAAGGCCAUGGAGGAGGCUGGCCUCCCGAUCGACCUGAUAGGCGGCACCUCCAUUGGGGCCUUCAUCGGCGCCCUUUAUGCGGAGGAGAGGAGCGCCGUGCGCACAAAGCAGCGAGCCAGGGAGUGGACCAAGAGCAUGAACUUGGUGUUUGCCACAGUGCUGGACCUGACGUAUCCGAUCACCUCCAUGUUCUCCGGCUCUGCAUUCAACGCCAGCAUCCACAAGGUGUUCCAGGACAGGCAGAUUGAGGACCUCUGGCUCCCCUACUUCACUGUGACCACAGAUAUUACGGCCUCUGCCAUGAGGGUCCACAAGGACGGCAGCGUCUGGCGCUUCGUCCGGGCUAGCGCCUCUUACAGCCCCUAUUGGCCUCCUCUCUGCGACCCCAAGGACAGUCACUUGCUUGUGGAUGGCUGCUAUGUUAACAAUGUCCCAGGCUCGCUCUGGCGGUACGUGCGAGCUAGCAUGACCCUUUCCGGGUAUCUACCGCCACUCUGCGACCCCAAGGACGGCCAUUUACUGAUGGACGGCGGCUACAUCAACAACCUCCCAGCGGACAUUGCGCGCAACAUGGGGGCCAAGACAGUCGUUGCCAUCGAUGUGGGCAGCCAGGACGAGACCGACCUCUGCAACUACGGGGACAGCCUCUCGGGGUGGUGGCUGCUCUGGAAGCGCCUCAAUCCCUGGGCGGAGAAAGUGAAGGUCCCGGACAUGGCCGAGAUCCAGUCCCGCCUGGCCUACGUUUCGUGCGUGCGGCAGCUGGAGGUGGUGAAGACCAGUUCCUACUGCGAAUACAUCCGGCCUCCGAUCGAUCGCUUCAAGACCAUGGAUUUUGGCAAGUUCAACGAAAUCUACGAUGUGGGUUACCAACACGGAAAAGUGGUCUUUGAUGGCUGGUGUCGUGGGGAUAUCGUUGAGAAGAUGGUGAAAGACUGGCAUUCUGCAGACGUCUACGAGAGCAAACGCAUGGAUGUGCUGACAUGUCCCAGUGCGGGAUUCACCGACCUGGCUGAGAUCGUGUCUCGCAUUGAGCCAGCAAAGAGCUACGUGUCAGACAGCUACGCAGAUGCAGGAGAGGAAUCAGACUACCUGACGGAGUACGAGGAGGACGGAGUGGAUGCCAUGCAAGAGGAGGAAGGUCAGGAACUUCUGUUUGCCCCAGGCGAGCAGAGUGUCGCCUUUGAAACGGAUGAGGAGAAGAGCCUUCGACACCGCUGCCGACGGACCUCCCAGGAGACUCCUCAACCGCUGGGCCCAGCCUCGCCUUGAGGACAGUUCUGACUGAGCCACAGGGGGGGGGGGGCUGCAGCCAGACUUUGCCCUCCCCUGACAGGCCGCUAUGUGGGUGGGGGCGCAGGGAGUCCCACACCUCUCGCACCGAGGAGCGCUUUGCUUCCGCCCAGCAUAGCAGUAGAAUCUCAGCUCCAGUUGCCGCCACGGGCGUCGGCUGCAGAAGGCCACGCAGUGAACAUGGCGCCACUCGCCCACAGCGGCCCUUUGCUGGAGUGGGGCUCUGAGACCAUCAUGCUUUCAGGGCAGGAGCCACAAGGAAGGGCUCCCUUUCUAAGACUGGCCAGUGGGCACAUCACACGUCUGCUGUGAGCAGGAGGGGCGUGAGAAGAGAAGAGGCAGGAGGUGCAAGCACAUGGAGCCGCCUUCUGUCGAGUGGGGCCAUUGGACCAAAGGCCAGGCUUGUCUGCUGUGGCUGGCAGAGAGCAGCUCUCUCAGGAGGGCGGGGGGGGGGGGUCCCUUUUAACUGGUGCUGGAAGAUUGAAGCUGGGGCCACCUGCAUGCACAGGAGGUCUCCCCCCGGCCCCCGGGUGCCAAAACAUUUCAUCUCCCCUUCUGUUUGGGCCAGACAGGCUUGGGCCCUCUGAUUGGCUGGCAUGGAGGUGAAUCCAUUCCUUGACCCAAGCGGAGGGAAGACCCCCCAGCUCUCCUGCUUAAGCUGCUGCUGCCGCCGCUGCCUCCACCACCACUAGCAGCACACGUUGGCUUUAUGUUGCUUGUUUGCCAGAGGUUUCAGAUUGCAGCCACACUGACAGAUCUUCGGGUUUUUUAAAUGGAUAAAUUGCUAUUAAUGUCAUGGAUGGAAUAAAAGAGAGAUGCUUGUUCGGUACGAAA